UCAAGUGGAGCCGAGGCCGAGUCCUGCGCUAUAUAUUCAAAUGUUUCCAUUUGUUGAAGCUAGAGCUGCUUCUCAUAUGAAUGAAAUUCUUGUCAAACAAAAUGCUCAUUUCCUCCUCCUCCUCCUUUUUUUUCUCCUUCCUGCAGAUCGUUGAUAGCCAAAAUCCUUGCCUCAGCGCUGUUUGUGCUAGCAAUGAGCCACUCAUCCGAUUUCCUUUCCGGCUUCAAAACCGCCAAUUCAAGUCUUGUGGGUAUCCAGGUUUCGAUUUAUCCUGCGAUACUAGCACCAACCGGACACUACUACAGCUACCAUUUUCAGGGAAAUUCAGCGUCCAAGCUAUAGAUUACGCCACCCAAGAAAUAUGGAUUAACGACCCCAACAACUGUCUCCCGGAGCGAAUUCUCUCUCUUAAUCUCUCUGGUUCUUCCUUCGCCGGCCUUUUCUAUCGAAAUUUUACCUUCUUCAAUUGUUCCUUGUCUGAUUAUACCAAGUAUCCGCUGAACCCGAUUGUUUGCCUUAGCGGCGGCUCCACACAUACAAUUUUUGCGACGUCCUCUUUAAAAGAUAUUAACCUUUUGUCACAACCAUCAUUUUCCUGUGGUUCAUUUGCAAGCAAGGAGGUUCCAGUGGAGUGGCCAUUUUAUGGGCAGAUACUAUCCUCGGACCUCAGUGAUGAUCUCCGUCUCACUUGGGGUGCACCCUCGUGUGGAAAGUGCGAGUUGCGUGGUGGACAUUGCGGUCUCAAGAGUAAUUCUACACCUGAAAUCGUGUGCUUCAAUCCUUCUCGACGCGGAAUUCCAAGAAGUGCGCGUUACAUGAUGAUUAUAGGAGCAGGAGUACCUUUGGCGUUAUGUGUGCUGGGUAUAGUAUGCUACCUAUGUAGCAGGAUCAGGCACUACGCUGCAGGAAGAAGAAGCCAUCCUUUCCUAGAAUUUUCUUUCAUGGUGAAUCCACAACCCACAUUGAUCAAUGCAGGAGGCCUAGAUGGUCCCACCAUGGAAUCGUAUCCCAAAAUAGUACUUGGAGAGAGCCGACGAUUGCCCAAGCCUGGGGACAACACUUGCUCAAUAUGCUUGUCAGAGUACAACCCGAAGGAGACGCUUAAGUCUAUUCCAGAAUGCCACCAUUGCUUCCAUGCUGAUUGCAUUGAUGAAUGGCUUCGGUUGAAAGCUUCCUGUCCCAUUCGCCGGAAUUCCCCUGAGCUGUUGCCUCCCUCUCAACCUCCAUGACCAUUUCAUUGCAUUGAAAUUUUUUUUUUCUUUUCUUUUUCCAGUGAAAUAUUUGUAUAUUUAAAAUUUUUACAAGUUACAGUUUUUUUUUUCCUUACUAAUUUGAUAUAAGGCUUAAUUACUAUUGCAGAAAUUUUUUUUCCA